AUGAAGUUGCUUUCCAUGGACGGCUCUGCAAUGCCUAUGCUGACUACCAUCGGUCCUCCCGGCAUCGCUGGACCCGGCACUGCCCCAGGGGCGGCGCCGGUGGCACCAGCCGCGCCGGGGGCCACCGCCUCUCAGGCACCGCUGCUCCGCAUUCGGGCAGGCAUCGAGGCGGGCAAUCAUGCCGAAGUUAUGGCAGGUGUUCGCGAGGCCGACGAGCAGGGUGUAGUGCUGGCCCAGAAUGUACGGGACAUGAUCAGCCAGUGGCUGUCGGUGAAUGCUCCAAAGAAGGAGCCCGAGAAGCCGUCCCCGCCUGCUCCACUAGAACCUGCUCCGGAUCCAGCCCCUCCUCCAGGACCCCAGACAAAAUCGAAGGAAACGACAGCUCCGGCAACCACUACCGAGCAACUUCGAAAUGCCCUUUUGAGGUUCUUCGAGCUCGCUCCAAAGGGCAGCGAUGGAGCUGCGGGGCUGGGGAUCAUAGAAGGCGAGGAAGGACGGAGGUAUUUGCCCCUGCCCAUGCUGGGCCGAGCUGUCGGCAUCACUGGAGAGGAUUUUGAAGUUGCCAUGAAAGCAUGGAACGUAGUCAACGAGACUCCUCCGGGCACCUUCAUGAUGACAGAGGAUGCUCGUGCGGUUGGAUUGGUGGAAUGGGCAGGAUGGGAGGAAUUUGCAGGCUCCUUGGAUGUCAUCGUCAAGGGCACUCGGGAUCCAGCCUUUGAGCCACGGUCCAUUCAAGGACAUGUGGCCCGAGCGGCUCGUGGUGCUGUUCGGUCUGGGCCGCUAAGACAAGGUGACGUGCUCCGGAGACUUCAGGAGCUCUCAUCCGAGAACCUUCCGGAGGAUGCGACAUCACCAGCUUUGAGAAGCGCAAUCCUUCGCAGAGCUCGACUUGCCCUUGCGUGUUUGGUGGACGCUAUCGCUUCGCAAGGUCUUGGACCUGAGGCAGGGGUGGACUCCAUGGGACUAGUGGGGCAGCUGCCCAGGACAUUGUUCGGCAUCAUCUUUGACAAUAUUGAUGAUCGAGAUCGUGGAGCGUGUGCUUUCUUGGGAGAGAUUCUCCAAUCCUGGGACCGUCGACGAUGUUUCUCCAAGCGCUGGCUGCAGGAUGCUGCAGGCAAGUUCUCCAUGCCGAAAGGGCCCAAUGCCGAGCGAGAUGAGAGACGCGGUUGGUACGCUUUGACUUCAGAGAACUUGCACAGAAAACCAGCUGAGGAGGAGAACGGAACUUCAGGCCAAUCUCAAGCGUUCCUGAGCACUGAUGAUGCGCCGCGUGCCGAGGCCGACCCGCCCGAGCCUCCGAAGAAAGAUUCCCGAAGGACAGAGACUCGUCGCAAGAGCCGGAGCCCUCGCAGAAGUCCGAAAAGCCAUUCUCGCAGAAGUCCACAAAAGAAAGAGGAGAAGGAGAGCACGGAGAAACCUCCGAAAGAGGCUCCGAAGGACGAGGCCGCAGCGGCUCAAGCAGAUGCAGGCGGGGGUGAAGCAGUGGACAGCGAUGCGAAGAAGAAGAGGCGAGUCUUGCAACAAGACGAUGAUGAUGACGAGACUGUCGCCAAACGUUUAGAGGAAAGCCGCCGGCGACGAGCAGCCUUGAUGGCGAAGCAGCUUGCUUGCAGACAGAAAGUGUGCAUGCGCAUGUUCGACAAUGGGCUGCUGUCAGUAUCCGUCAAGGUGGUUGAGGAGAUCUACGCCAAACUGAAAGAGAGCGGAUUUGAUUCGAAACAGGUGACCACACUGGAGUUCAACUCCUUCCUCGAACGGAAGCUCUGGCCAGGGUUUGAUGCUGACAAGGCUUCAAGCCUUGCGCAUUUGAUAACCAUCGCCCUCCUCAUCAAUGAGAAGGUGCGUGAUGGAAGCGUUUCUGCGUGGGAUUCGGUGGCAGCUCGCAAAGAGAAGUUUUCGAGCUACUUUGAGAGCAUGCUGGAGCUGUGGAAAUCUGGGAAGUUGACGCUUCGAGAAAAGUCUCAUGUGCUUCAGUUCUUGAUCAACUGCUUCCAGAGCUUGGAGCAAGACUUUGUGCGCGAGUGUUGCCUGAGGCUGACAGGCUUGCAGUCCUGGUUUCACUUGAACGACCUGCACCGCGAGAAGCUUUUGUCCUUGAACAAGAAGCUUCCCGCAUUUUGGAAGAAGGUUCAGAAGAAGUAUGCUGAUCCCAAGACGCCACAGGCUAAGCAAGAAAGAAACUUCAUGUCAGAGCUGCUGGAUGAGUUCUUGGCUUCGCUCGAGACAUUUGGUGAGCUUCCAGACUUAGGGGUGGAGGAGCUUUCCUACUUGGAACGUUGCAUAGAGCUGAUGAUCGACUUGCUGGAUCAGUUGCCUACGCGCCGCUUCUUCAGACCACUGCUUGUCGACAAGCACGUUGUUGUACGUUGCAGAGGAUCGAAAGUGGCACAGCUACCGCAAGCACGUUUGGUCAACCAGCUGCUUGGAAUUCUCAGAUACUACGAGAAUUUCGAGAUCGACGACACGACUGGCAAACCGCUGUCACGGCGUGAAGUCACCGACCUUCACUACGAACGUUUGCAGCUUUUGCAAAGGGUAUGCUUUCAGGAGUUUGCAGACAAUCCUAGCCUGAAGCAGAUUAUGCUCGUGAAUGUCGCGAAGCUAGAUACCAGGGAAGCCCUUCUGCAGCACUUUGAGCCGCUGCCGUUCGACGUGUUGAAGGUUCUGUGUGCCAAGGUGUGCUACCUCGACGUCUCUAAAGACACGACGUUGGCGGCCAUGGAGAAAAAGGUACACGACGCCAUCGCGGCACAGGAGGCUCAGGAUGCCGACAAGGAAGUCGCAGAGCCCAAGAAGAAGAAAAGAAAAAAGAAGGUGAAAACGGAGGAGGAAGAACGAAUCUGCAAGUUGCUUGUGGAAAUUCUUGUCAACCGAUUGGAACGUCCCGUCAUGCAGCAAGACGAUGUGAUGAAGAUGCCUCUCUACCCCACAGAAGAUUUGAUUUGGGAUCCAAAUCUUGUCCCUGAGGAGCACUACUCAGGUGACUACACGCUGGCCCUUCCCAAGCUCAACUUGCAAUUCCUCACCAUCCAUGACUACUUGUUGCGAAAUUUCAACCUCUUCCGGUUGGAGUCAACGCAUGAGAUACGAGAUGAUCUUCAAGAUCAGAUACCCAGGAUGAAAGCUUCCAUCGACCAAGAUGGUAGCACGCACUUCUCUGGAUCUGGACGGAUGAUGGUGCCCUUGGGUGGGCUGGAAGUCAUGAACGUCAAGAGACCCAAAGUUGGAGAAGAAGUUCCGUCAGAAGUCCGGGCUGAAGUCCGCUGGGCGCUGACGGGAGUUCUACCGCAGGUUCGCCAGGAAUGGGAUACUCUCAGAGAGCACGAUGUGAUUUUCCUCAUCAGGAUCAAGGCACCAGAGGAGCCCUACGAUGGCAGAGUUGCCGACCUUACGGUAGCCGAGUUCCCUGAGAAGUUCGGUGUUGUGAGCGUACGCGGGGCGGAGAUCACAGAGCUUCUGGAUGACGAAGGCAACGUCAUUAGUGAUCCGAAUCCUGCAGAGCGCAAGACUCCCGUCGGAGAUGGACGGGUGGCGCGAGUGAUCUUGGAUCCCGCGCAGUACCACCAGGACUUGGAGGCAAUGGCAGCUGGCAAGACAGAAAUCUACAGCACUCUCAACCUUGUGAUGAGGCGCAAGCCGAAGGAGAACAACUUCAAGGCCAUCCUCCACACGAUCAGGAGCCUGAUGAACAACGAGGACACGGUUGUACCGGAUUGGUUGCAUGAUCUCUUCUUGGGAUAUGGAGACCCCGGAGCUGCGCAGUACUGGAAGCUUCCAACGGCGUUGAGCGAAAUUGAUUUCAGAGACACCUUCUUGGACGACGACCAUAUAUUGGAGUCUUUUCCAGAUGCAGAGGACAUCGAAGUGCCAGACGACUUGAAGCGGCCGUUUAAGCUGAAGUUCGCAACAGUGAAAGGCUCAGGUGUGGUGAGCACCAAGAGACCGCAAGAAAGAGUGAUCGCAUCUGCGUAUACCCUGCCGAACAUGGGCCCGUAUCCAGAAUGCCAGCCGCGAGAGAACUCGAUCCGCUUCACGCCAGUGCAAGUUGAGGCCAUCCGAUCGGGUGUGAACCCUGGGUUGACUAUGGUCGUGGGACCUCCUGGAACCGGCAAAACCGACACCGCGGUGCAGGUUGUGAAUUUGCUUUUCCACAACUUCCCAGACCAAAAGAUCGUGCUCGUGGCGCACUCCAACCAAGCACUGAAUGACCUUUUCGAAAAGAUCGUUGCGCUUGACAUUCCUGAGCGAUAUUUGCUGAGACUGGGGCGUGGCAUUGAGGAACUUGAUGCCAAGCAAGACUUCUCCAAGUGGGGCCGAGUCAACCACAUGCUGAAGCGGCGGAUUGAGCUGCUGGCAAAAGUCGAACGCUUGGCUGACACGUUUGGCCUCUCUGGUCAGGACGUGGCAUACACAUGUGAGACUGCGCAGCAUUUCUUCCUACAUCAUGUGCGGUACCGGUGGGAAGAGUUCCACAAGAAGCUGGGCAUAGCUGGGAAGACUGGAGCCAAUAUCCACAAGGUGCUGGCCAAGACUGGACAGGCUAAGAAGCGCCGCCUCGACGAAGAAGAGGCAGCCGAUGGAGCAGACGCCAGGCCCACUGAAGAUGAGAACAGUGAGGAGAUGAAAAAGAUGCGUGAGCAGCUAUUGAGCGGCAAGAAGACGGUGAUCAGCUGUCUUUUUCCGUUCACAAAGUUCUUUGCCGAUGCUCCACAGCCUCUUUUUCCAUCGGAGUCCUAUGAAGCAGACUUGGAAGUUGCGGAAGGCUGCUUUCGGUACUUCGAGAACAUGUUCAGGGAGAUCGAAGAAUGCCGCGCCUUCGAGCUGUUGCGAAAUGGCCAUGACCGCGGUGACUACCUGAUCACUACUCAUGCUCGAAUCAUUGCGAUGACCUGCACCCAUGCUGCCCUGACCAGGUCAACGUUGGUGAAUUUGUCCUUCAAGUACGAUAACCUACUGAUGGAAGAGUCUGCGCAAAUCCUCGAAGUGGAGACCUUCAUUCCGAUGCUGCUUCAGAAUGCGGAGAAUGGUGUCAGCAGGUUGAAGCGCGUGAUGCUCAUCGGUGACCAUCAUCAGCUACCUCCUGUUGUCAAGAAUCGCGCUUUCCAGAAGUAUGGGCAUCUGGAUCAGUCGUUGUAUGCGCGAUUCGUGCGCCUGAAGACUCCGACCGUGGACCUCAAUCUGCAGGGACGAGCAAGGCCCAACAUUGCUGAACUCUACAGUUGGCGAUACCGGGAUCUCGGCAAUCUGCCCAAUGUCCUUACAGACGACAGGUACAGGUACGCCAAUCCUGGAUUGACGUACGAGUAUCAGUUUGUCAAUGUUGAAGACUUCGAAGGCCGAGGAGAAUCGCAACCAACGCCUUACUUCUACCAAAAUCUGGGCGAAGCCGAGUACUGCGUUGCACUAUUCAUGUACAUGCGGCUCUGUGGAAUACCAGCGCAGAAGAUCUCCAUCCUGUCGACAUACAAUGGCCAGAAGGCCUUGCUGAGAGACGUGGUCAGAACACGGUGCACGUGGAACCCGCUGUUUGGCGAGCCUGCCAAAAUCACGACCGUGGAUAAGUUUCAGGGGCAGCAGAAUGAUUUUAUCAUUGUCUCGCUGGUGCGAACCCAGCAUGUUGGUCACCUUCGCGAUGUCCGACGACUUAUUGUCACUAUGAGCAGAGCUCGAUUCGGACUCUACGUGUUCGGAAGGUUCUCGCUGUUUGAGAACUGCUUCGAACUCACUCCGGUUUUCAGCCGCUUUGCAAGACUUCCUCGUGAGCUGAGUUUGGAGUUGCAUGAGCAGCCUGGCUCCAUGCGGCUGCUUGAUGCAGAACCCCAGUCCACCAUUGUCCAGGAUCUGCAUCAAAUGUGGACGUUACUGCAAGCCAAAAUGAAAGCGCAGUUUCAGGACCUCUCAGCUCAGGCCUUCGCGUGA